GUGCGCUCCGUUGCCCCCGCCUAUGCGCGGCUGUCGGGUGGAGCGGGAGGUGCGUUCGCUACCUUGGCAGCGCGGCGCGGACGGACUUACGAUGAUCAGCCGGAUGAAAGCGACGGUCGCUCAGCUGGUCAGCGGUAUGGCUCCCAGCACCGGCUCCAGCUCGAACCCCAGUAGCGGUGCGGGGUGCCAUACCAGAUUUCCGUAUUCACGGCCGCCGUUCCUGUUCCUGAGCCCCGAGGAAGCGCAGCGGGCGGUGGAUCACAACAGUAGACCUAUCCUGGUACCUGGGCAAGGCAGGAAGAAGUUGCUACCCUGGGACACGGGAUAUGCAGAGGUGAUUAACGCUGGAAAAAGUCCCCUGAAUGAAGAUCAAGCUACCCGUGAAGUAGUAGUUGUGGAGAGUAGGAGUCAGAAGAACAGCAAAGGAGCCAAGGCGGUCAAUGAAGAUAGUGACAAGGGAGGCAAUGAAAUUGCAUUUCAUUACUGGGCGUUGUUUGAUGGCCAUGCGGGUACCGGAGCUGCUGUCAUGGCCUCGAGACUGCUGCACAUCCACAUUUGUGAACAGCUGCGUGACAUUGUCAAUAUCCUGAAAGACUGUGGCGUACCGCCACCGAUCUGCCUUUCCAGUGACCCGGAGACAGUAACGGCAGACGCCACAAAGAGCCUAGAACAUCAGGGGGACUGGGAGCCUCCCACUGACAGUGAAUCACGGUUCCAACUGGAGAAGGAGAUCUCGCACGAGUACCUGGUCAUUGGUGCAAUAGAAAGCGCCUUUAAGCAGAUGGACAAACAGAUUGAAAAGGAGCGGAACUCCUCCUGCAUUGUGGGCGGCUGCUGUGCACUGGCAGUGAUCUACAUUCUGGGAAAAAUCUACGUGGCAAAUGCGGGUGACAGCAGGGCUAUUCUAAUCCGUAACGGAGAAGUUAUCCCACUGUCUAAUGAAUUCACUCCUGAAUCAGAGCGACAACGACUGCAGUAUUUAGGAUAUUUACAACCACAUCUGCUUGGAAAUGAGUUCACACAUUUGGAAUUUCCAAGGAGAAUUCAGCACCGGGAAAUUGGCCGCAAGAUGUUGUUCCGCGAUUAUAGCAUGACUGGCUGGGCAUACAAGACCAUAGAAGAGGAUGACCUGAAGUUCCCAUUAGUGUAUGGGGAAGGCAAGAAGGCACGUGUCAUGGCAACUAUAGGAGUAACUCGAGGACUGGGAGAUCAUGAUUUGAAGGUUCAUUGUUCCAACAUCCACAUCAAACCUUUCUUGUCCUGCAUGCCAGAGGUGAAAGUUUAUGAUGUGAAAAAGCAUGAGCAUAGUAUGGAUGAUGUUAUAGUGAUGGGGACAGAUGGCCUGUGGGACGUGGUCUCAGAUCGUGAGGUGGCUGAUACAGUCAUUCACAUGCUUUCCAACUGUGAUCCUGAUGACCCCAACAGGUUCACACUGGCAGCCCAGGACUUGGUGAUGAAAUCCCGCGGGGUUUUGAAGGACCAUGGGUGGCGAUUGUCAAAUGACAGGCUGGGCUCAGGUGACGACAUAUCCGUGUUUGUCAUUCCUCUUUAUGGGCACACGUGAUUGGCCUUUGGGGCGACCAAUCCUUCAGCUCUGCAAAGACUGGAAAAUGGAUCUAUCCGUCUGUGAAUAAUGGAGACACAAGAGACUGUAUGCUGGAAUCUAGAGCAAAAAAAAACCCCACAAUGUUGUGGAGGAACUCAGGCACCAUCUGUGGAGGGAAAUGGGCAAUCUGGUUAAUAGACCAGUCCAGAUCGGAGGUCUUUGCCUGAAGCGUCAACCAUCCAUUUCCAUCCCCUGAUGCUGUCUGACCAAUUGAGUUCAUAGAAUGCAGAACAGUACAGCGCAGGAACAGGCACUUUGCCCCAUGAUAUUGUGCAGGAUUCCUGCCAGUGAUUUUUGCUGCAUCUCUAACCUUUUUAAAUUGGGUUGUUCCCCACGAGUAUAAUACAAUAUAAUCCCUCUUGAAAGCAGGAGCUUGCACUUGUGAGUGCCUUUCAUAACCUCACAGCAUUCCAAAGUGUCUUAAGGUUGUGUAGUCAGUGCAGGAAUGUCUGAAAUCUGUCUCUCAACCUGCGUAUUACAAAUUCCUAAGAAAAUGUGAUAAAUGGUACAGUAAAUCAAAUUAUUGAGCCUUAGUCAAGACCAAAUAUAAGCAUUAACAACCACGUGCACACUCCUGCAAUUUUUCAAGUUUAUAUCCACCUGCGAUGAGCUUCAGUUCAAAAUCUUAUCCAAAAGACUGCAUUUCAGUAUUGUACUGAGAGCUGGUGUGGUUUGGAUUAUCAGGUCUCUGGAACAGGGCAUGAACACUCAGUCCUGAGGCUGUUAAGGAAGAGAUUUUCCACUGAGGUAUGCUGACAAAUUCCUUCACUUCUGCAAAGAACUAAAUCUUUCAGAAUAUAUCUUGAGACUGGCUACUGAUGAGGUCACGGUACCCUGCUGGGUGACCACCAUGUUCUGAGAAAGUCAAGUUCAAAGCUAAGUGCUGACAAUGCCAGAGAACUGAAGUAGAAAUAAAAUUCCUGAAAGCUAGUUUCAAACUGACCUCAUCUACGUGCUUUAUUAUGACUAACCUGCAAUCUCUGGACUUUAUAGGUAUUAAUGAAGUGAGGGACAAUCGACACUCUGUAAAUAUAUAACAUUAACACAAAUGCCAGAGAUGACAGGUGUACUUAGACUAGCCACAAUUUCCCCUGGAAUAUCCAGGAAUUGAAGAUGCAGGAUAUGGCUUUGACCAAGAUGUCCAAGAGAAAAAUUAUAAUGGGCAAGGAUAAUGUUCUUUUCUUUGAGCACUUUAAAAACUUACUAAAAAUAUUAACAUUUUGCUUGUUAACAUUCUGCAGAUGCUGGAAAUCGAAAGCAACACACAUACAAUGCUGGAGGGACUUAGCCCAAAACGUCGACAGUCUAGUCAUUGCCAUAGAUCCUGCCUGACCUGCUGAGUUCCUCCAGCAUUUUGAAUGCAUUACUAAAAAUAUAGAUUGUAAGGAAAAAGACUGGAUGAGUAGCUUAAAAUGAGGAGCACAGGGAAGUGGCAACUCUAUAGUUAAGAGUCUUGGCAUUUAUUCAGCCAGAAGGACCUAAUGUAAUUUCUUUCCCCUAUCACCCACCUUCCCAAGGCAGGAUCCAGCUGUUAAAUGAUAAUCACACAAAAGACAGCAGGUGCUGGGAUCUGGGACAACAAAAAAUCUGUUAGAGGAACUCAGCAGUUUGCAGUUCAUCUGUGAACAGAUGAGGGAAUUGGCACCGAUAGUCCUGAUGCAAGACUUUGACCUGAAACUGGACAAUUUCCUUCACCCCACAGAGGCUGCUUUACCCAGAAUACCUCCAGCAGAUCAUUGCCAUUAAACAACGAUCCUCGAGCUUUCAUUUUGCUUAAUUCCAACAGGCGCUUGUUCAAUGCUGGUUCUAACCCGGUUUAGUGACAUUGCUUGAGGGAUAAACAUCAAUCAGAACAGCAAGGGAAAUUCCACAGCUUUCUCAAAUAAGCCAUGGGAUGUUUUACGCUUAUCUGAGUUGGAAAAAUAGUCCUGAAUAAACAUUUCAUUUGAAAAGCUGCCACUGGGACUCCUUUGUGGCCGCACCAGCGAUUUUCAGCAUUCUUUAUUUGAAGAAAUGAAUUCUGACAUCGCCAGUGAAUGACUCGAUUCUAAUUUUAAGGGUAUGCUGGAAAUACAGUUAGGAUUGCAGCUCUUGUUCACCAUCCUGGGAUGCCAAAUGGGAAACGAGAGAUUUCGAAUGGCUGAGAUGUUGUGUGUGGUAGAUCAGCCCAGUGCCAUCAAAGAAAUAUGUUUGAGGUGGUGCAUUUACUCCUUGCCUUUUGCCUUUGCCUCUCAAUCACUUUAAUCCUUUAAGACAAUUCCAAAAACCAAAACCUUUCACAGUUUUUGGACAUCUAUUCUUAACAUCUCCCUAUGGAUCCAAUUAACAAUUUAUUUUGAUGGUGUAAAGAGCCUUAGGAUAUUUUCAUUGUGUUAAACAGGCUGUGUAAAUGAAAGAAAAGUGUUUGUUCUUCCUCCUUUCUGCCGACAAGGAGCUCAGAACUAUUAUGAGAUUUAAAAGACCAAGGACAGAAAUCAUUAAAAGCCAAUGGGCAGUUACCAAAGUUCAUGGGAAAAGGUAAUGUAAUUUUUACUUUUAUCUCCAUGGGAUCUGGUUUCCACAAGGCACAAGUUAUGCUCCCACUGCAUGGAAUCGCGAUCAGAUUCACAUCAAGAGCACUGCAUUCAGUUUCAACAUCUUUACCUUGAAGGAAGCAUUGGCACAGGAGAGGCUACAGGACAGGUUCCUAGAAACAAUUUCUGAUCCUAGAAGUGGAUUAAGUUACAAAGUCAGGUUGCAUUUACUUAAACACAGUCCCUUCAACACUGACAAUUUGAUGGGAAGGAAUGGCAGUAGUAUUGUUGAUUCAACGGAGGUGUAUGAAAUGUUAAUGAUUUGAUAAGGUAAUGAGAACCUAAAAUCCUUUAAAUCAAAAAUUAUGAACUUAGAUAUAUAGGGGUAAAAUGAAGAAUUUUUUAAGCAAAGAUCAGCAAAAUUUCUGUAAGUGAAUAUAAAUAAAAAGUUG